CGUUUUUCUCAAAAAGAAUCUUUAUAUGAUUUGUGUCUUGGCCUCUUUGCUGUCAAAGCGCUUUGCUUUCUUCCAAGAAAACAAGAAUCACUGCUAAACCCCUAUUUGGACGCAGCAGUUAUCGAUCGUGCUUCACAAAUAUGACAGAAAUGGAAACUGAUGACGAUGGUGAAGCCAUUCUUCUUGAAAAGGGACUUAUAGACGUCAUCUUUUCUUGGUCUUUUAAGGAUGCCCUUAAUAAAGACCUUUACAAGGACAAGGUGAAGAACAUCCCUUCGACAUUUCAGUCCAUCGCUUUGUACAUGAAGUCAUUCGUCUUUCCUCUUAUAGAGGAAACACAUGCUGAUUUGUCUUCUAGCUUUGAUAAAGUGGCAAGUGCAUCUAUACACAAAAUAUUGUCUAUUGAGGAAGUGGAGAGUAAAAAGCCAUCUGAUAAAUGCUUAUACAUUAUUGAGAUGGAAAGGAAAGAGAUUAAUGGUGAUGACAGAGCAUUUGAACCUGAGACGGGAGAUCUCUUUGCCAUUACAGAUGUAAGACCAACAUGUGUCGAUGAUCUAAACAGACCCACAAUGUCCUACACAAUUGCUCUUGUUCAACGAGUGACAAAUGAGAAAGAUUAUAUCAAGAUUCAGGUCUUCUCAUCGAAAUCCUUCUUGGUGGAACAGGACAUUAGGGAAAGUUAUAUGGACUCUUUGUUCUUAGUCUCUCUUAUAAAUACGAUGACAAAUACACGCAUUUGGAAUUCUUUGAGCUUGGGGCUGGAAAGGCAUAACUCCAAAGUUAUUCAGAAAAUACUGGAACCUGAUUUUUAUGUAACUGGUAAAGAAAAGUGUAAUGUCUGUUUGCAAGGGGAGGUGUACAGAGUUUGCAGAUCAAAGAUCCUUGCAUCUAAUUGGUUAAUCAAUCUUAAUGAUUCCCAACAAGAAGCAGUUCUGAAUUGUCUCGCGACAAAGUAUUGCCAUCAUGAGAACAUGACUAAGCUAAUCUGGGGUCCUCCUGGAACGGGGAAAACAAAGACAGUUAGUGCAUUGUUGUUUUUACUUCAGAGUUUCAAUUGUAGAACAGUAACUUGUGCUCCAACUAAUAUCGCAGUCUUAGAAGUAUCUAGACGAGCCUUGAAGCUUGUGCUGGAAUCAUGUGAAUUUUUGACUUAUGGUGUAGGAGAUAUAGUUUUGUUUGGAAACAGAAAACGAAUGAAUAUUGACAGCCAAGAUGAGCUACUUCAUAUUUUUCUAGAUUAUCGUGCUGAAGUUCUAGCAAGGUGCUUUACUCCUGCAUCUGGCUGGAAAUACUCGUUGCAGUAUAUGAUAGCAUUACUUGAAGACACUGAACUGUUGUACCAGCUCUAUUCCAUAAAUGGUCAAGAGGAAGAUGCUGAUGCAGAACUUUAUCAGAAAUACGAUAAUAAUGCUAAUUAUGAUAGUGAUUCAGGAAAUGCAGUUCUUCGCAAAGAAAGCCUGAAAAACAAGGGGGACAAAACGCAGAGGUUGUAUGCUCAAGGCGUCAAAGACGAGUGGAACAAGAGACUUGGGCAAGUAAUUGCCAAAACAAUAAAAUUGAAUGAUGAAAGUCAACUUGGCAGAGGGUUUUGUCGGAACAAGAAACAUUCAAGGUCUGUUUCGAGAAAGAGGAGUAAUGAUCCUCAUCAAACUAAAGCAAGGUUAACUUUUGAGGACUUUGUGACAAGCAGAUUAAAUUGCGAACUGGAGGCUUUUACUUUCUAUGUUGUUAACUUUGUCAUGCAUGUGCCAACUUCACUCCUGUCUGUGGUGGUGGCAAGAGACAUGAUCAAAGCUGUAAACUUACUUCAUUCACUUAGUAGUUUAUUGCAAAGUGUUACCUUUAAUGGUAGAAGUUUAAAAGAAGUCUUUGUUAGAAACAAAGAAGUAGAGAGACGAAUGACUGGCAGCUCUUCUGAUGUAGAAUUGGUCAAGCAAGAGUGCCUGAAGAUACUCAAAUCCCUUCCUAACAGUUUUUUUGAACCUGAAGACAAGUUUUCAAUUAAAAAUCAAAUUUUGAAAAAUGCAUGCCUGCUUUUCUGCACUGCUUCAAGCUCCUUCAAAUUGCAUGAGACAGAGGCUGAAUUGCUGGUUAUUGAUGAAGCUGCUCAGCUUAAAGAAUGCGAGUCAGCUAUUCCCUUACAGAUUCCUGGUCUCCGUCAUGCCAUACUCAUAGGGGACGAGUGGCAACUGCCUGCCAUGGUUAAAAGCAAGGUUUGCGAGGAGGCCAAGUUUGGGCGGAGCUUGUUUGAGAGGCUGGCACUGCUGCGAUUCAAGAAAUACCUUCUUAAUCUUCAGUAUAGGAUGCACCCGUCAAUAAGCUCAUUUCCAAACAGGGAAUUCUACCAGAAACAGAUUAUAGAUGCCCCAAAUGUCAGAAGUAUAGGAUAUCUGAAGCAUUUCCUCCAAGGUGAAAUAUAUGGUGCUUAUUCUUUUAUCAAUGUAGCAUGUGGAAAUGAGGAACUCAUUGAUGGGCACAGCAUCCGGAACAUGGUAGAGGUAGCGGUGGUUUGUGAGGUAGUUGCCAACCUCUUCAAAGGAUUCAUUUCCUCGGGAGAAAAGAUCAGUAUUGGUAUUAUAUCACCCUACAAUGCUCAAAUUGCUGCAAUCAAAGAGAACCUCGGAACUAAGUAUAGUACUGAUGAUGAGAGUGACUUCUCUGUGGAUGUCCGAUCUAUCGAUGGUUUUCAAGGAGGUGAGAAGGAUGUAAUAAUAUUCUCAGCGGUACGCUCCAAUGCUAACAGAUCAAUUGGUUUCCUUUUGAACAGUCAAAGGGUUAAUGUAGCACUAACUAGAGCAAGGCACUGUCUCUGGAUAUUUGGCAAUGAAGCAACAUUAAAAAGCAGUGGUUCCGUUUGGAAGAUACUUGUACAUGAUGCCAGGGUUAGGGGCUGCUUCCAUGAUGCUCAGAAUGACAAGGACUUGGUGAAAGCUAUGACAGCUGCUUUGGUAGAUAUUGACCUCCUUGACAUUAAAAUACACCUUUAUUCAGUACUUUUUCAAGGAACAAGGUGGAAGAUACGUGUUGAUGAUAAAUUUUGGAAAGCAAUGGAGAAAAUUAAAAGCAUAGAAAUUCGUAAGAAAGUAAUUUCCGUAUUGAUGAAGCUUUCUAGUGAUUGGCUAUGGUCUCGCACUGAACAUAUUACUGUGCCAAGUGGGGUGUCUAAUCAACUCAUUGAUCUCUGCCCUGUCGAUGGGCUACUUCAUAUUGUUCUGACUCUUGAGACUAUUAUGGAGACCUCAAGCUAUGUAGAUGUCAUACGGGUUUGCGAUAUUCGGUCACUGACAGAGAUACCAAACCUAGAUCCUAUGUUUAUCUUGUGCAGGCAGCUUGAUGCUUUUCAUUUGAAGGAUGAGUCAUAGCCAUCUGCUGAAAGUUCACAUCAGAACAAUCUUGGGGUUUGAGCAUCUGAUGGCUUGGAGUUCUUGAACUGUGCAUACAUGAUACUACAUACAAGAUUGGAAUGACAUUUUCUUGUAGAGAUGUGGAAAUGCUACAACUUUUCGAGACUUUGUUUUCUUAAUGUGCAUAGAUAGGAUUAGAGCCUGUUUGGGUUGGCUUUUGGCUUAUGACUUAUAAGCCAAAAGCCAUAAAUUAGAAUUUCUAACUUAUGACUUUUGUCUUAUUUUUGUUAUUUUGGCUUAAAAAUAAGUGCUCAUAAGCACUUUUUAACUUUACCCAAACACUUCAAAAUUGCUUAAAAGUUGCUUUGGCUUAAAAGCACCUAAAAUAAGUCAAUCCAAACAAGCACUUAGUUACAUGCAGAUGCAGUUAUAGAAUGGGGAAAAGUUCUUUUCAUGUGCAUAGACUGGAUUAGUUUCAUGCAAUUUUAGAACGGGGAAAUCUUUUUGAGGGGAUAGAAUAUUCUGUAGUAUACUUUCAGUUUGCAGUCAUCCUAUUAAUGGAGUUAACAGAGCUUUUGGUUUGCAGUUGUCAUUUGUUAAAGAUCUCACAAUUUGUACUCAUUUAUAUUUCCCCUUUUAGCCAAAAUAGGUCGAGCUUCUGGUAGUUUGUGUUGUCAUAUACUUGAACAUACUCUUGAAGCAAAGUUGUGUAGAAGAAACAAAGCAC